AUGGGGAGGUUUCUGCUGGUUGCCAAGAAAGACAAGGAUCAGGGAGUCGCGGAGAGGAUCAGGAACUCGCUGGACUGCCACACCUGCGACAGUGGAGCUGCAUACGACGGAAUCAUUGUCCUGGGUGGGGAUGGAACAGUGCUCAGAGCUGUUGCGCGCUAUCGAAGCCCACCCACUGUGUAUGCAGUAAACAGAGGAAGGGUGGGCUUUCUCUGCCCCAUCCCAUAUGCUGCAGUGGACGAGCUCAUCGCCAGACUGAAAGAUGGAAGGGAAAUGGGGUUUGUCGAGUUGAAGAGACUCUGUCUAGCGGGGAGACAUUACUUUCUCAACGAGGCUGUUAUAAAGCCGUCCUCCAUGGGGCUUGGAAGAUUCAGGAUAUCCAUUGACAACGUCUCGGUGAAGAUAAGAGGAGACGCCGUCAUAGUCGCAACAAGAACGGGGAGCAGUGCAUACAAUGCAUCUUUGAACGGCCCACUGCUUCUGUCUGAAGGGAUAAUUGUCAAUGUGGUGGCGCCAAACAGAUGCAGCUUCAAGCCGAUUGUGUGUGACAUUGGGUCCAGGGUCCGUGUAGAAGUCGAUGGUGAGCCUCUGAUUACACUGGAUGGAAUGCCGUGCCGGGAGAAGUCCCUUGACAUAUGCCAUGACGGAUCGACUGUGCGGUUUGGGCAUCUGGAUCAUUACGACGAAUCAGAGCGAGUAGAGGGGCUCUUUCUGCUUUGA